UGGUUUGUGCCCUGUUUGUGCGCAGCUGCCGGCGUUGCGGUCGCGCUAGACGCCUGCGUCAUCAAGACAGUGUUUUGCAACAUACAUGUGUCGUUGUUUGCAGCCUCUGAAGCGCGUGUCGCCUGUCCCCAAUUCUGUGCCUGAUGCUGUCACGUCUGCAGGAGCCUUCCUCCCGCUGCCACGUUGUUUUCUGCCCGGCGGCCAAGAGGAUCCGCAGCCCCGCUUCCUGCCGCCUCGCUCCUCCUGCCCCUCGUUCCCGCUCUGCAGGACGCGGCGGGGAUGGCUGCAGCAGCCCCGGUUCAGCUCCGGGAGGCCUUCGAGGACGUGGCACUGUACUUCACUUGGAAAGAGUGGGAGCUGCUGGAAGAUGGAGACAAGGUGCUUUACCGGGACCAGAUGCUGAGGAAUUACCAAACCCUUGAUUCCCUGGGUUAUCAAGGUCCCACACCAGACUUAAUUUACCGCAUCCAACGAGGGGAGGUGGAGCUCUGGGUCUGUGAUGAGCCUGGAGAAAGCGUAUUUUCUCAGGGCUUGUCCUCAGCAGGUGUCAGAACUCCCAGCAGAGAUGAGCAGCAGCCUCUUGAGGAAGGGUCUUCAAAUCUGGAGCUGGUUCCAGUCCAAAGCCAGUUACCUGCGCAAGGAACAGCUGAGCCCCAAAAGAACCCUCCGUGUGGAAAAAGAUUUGGAUCUCACAGUCCCUUGAGUCAGAAAGGCAGAGCUCAGAAAGGGGAAGCAAUGUACCAAUGCAGGGAGUGCAGUGAGAGCUUCAAGGACCAACAAGAACUCAGGGCGCACAGGGGGACCCACAGGAGAGAGACAGCACACCCCUGCGCUGAGUGUGGGAAGAGUUUCCGGUACAAAUACCGUCUUGUCGCUCACCAGAGAACGCAUUCUGGGGAGCGCCCCCACCUCUGCCCUGAGUGCGGGAAAGCCUUUGCCCGCCCAGAGUACCUCCGAGUGCACCAGCACAUCCACACUGGGGAGAAGCCAUACCACUGUGCUGAGUGUGGUAAGAGCUUCGCCUUCCCAUCCGAGCUCCAAGUCCACCAGCGUGUCCACACGGGGGAGAAGCCACACCACUGUACCCAGUGUGGGAAGAGUUUCACCCGCCCAUCGCACCUCCGAAUUCACCAGCGCAUCCACACUGGGGAGAAGCCAUACCGCUGCACUGAGUGUGGGAAGAGCUUCAGGGAGAGCUGUUUUCUCACCAGGCACCGGCGUGUCCACACUGGAGAGAAGCCAUAUUGCUGCACGGAGUGUGAGAAGAGCUUCGACAACCCAUCCCACCUCAGCAUCCACCUACGCACCCACACAGGGGAGAAGCCGUACCACUGUGCUGAAUGUGGGAAGAGCUUUGGGUAUCGUUCUGCUCUCACCAAGCACCAGCGCAUCCACACUGGGGAGAAGCCCUAUCACUGCAGUGACUGUGGGCAAAGCUUCACCAGCCCAUCCUCCCUUCGUGUCCACCAGCGUGUCCACACCGGGGAGAAACCAUACUGCUGCACUGAAUGCGGGAAGAGCUUCACCAACCCUUCCAACCUCCGUGUGCACCAGCGUGUCCACACAGGAGAGAAACCGUACCAGUGCACGGAGUGUGGGAAAAGCUUCACUGACCCCUCCCACCUCCGUGUUCACCAGCGUGUUCACACGGGGGAGAAGCCAUAUGGCUGCAGUGAAUGUGGGAAGAGCUUCAAACACCCAUCCCACCUCCGUGUCCAUCAGCGUGUCCACACGGGGGAAAAGCAACCAGUGCAAGGAGUGCGGGAAGAGCUUCAAGUCUAGCUCUGCUCUUUCCCAGCACCAGCAGGCCCACAGACCAGGCCCUCUUUGUCAAGGGUCAGUUUCUGCCAGUUCUCACUUCAUUCUCCUUCC